UAAUUCACAAAACCCUUUCUCUCUCAUUCAUUCAUUCAAAGAAACUCGCAACCAUGGGCAAAAAGCAAAAGCAGCAGCCGAAAAUCGUUCUUCCGCCGGAACUCCCACCGGAGAUUCACGAUGAUGAAGUCGAGUAUUCCGAUGACGAUGUCAAAUUCGUCAACGAAAAUCGUGAAUUUGCUUCCUUGAUUUCUUCCUUAGACACUAAAUCAAUCACCAAGCAUGUUACACGGGUUGCUGAUGCUAAAGACGAUGCUUUGGAGAAACUAUAUGAGCAACGACGCAUGAAAAAAGAUGCUAAAAAAGAAACAGAAGAAACAGGUUUGCAGGUUGACCGAGUAGAUGCUCUUCCUGUCAAGUCCUUAGAUGGAGAAGUCUAUUACCGGACAGCCACGCGGACGGCACCAGUAAAUGGUCCAAGGAAAGAGGAAACUGAAGAGGAUGACAAUGAAGACAAAGGUUUUGUGAAGCUAACUAAGGCUGAAAAAAGAGCCAAACUUAAGAAAAGUAGAAAAGAGGGAAAGAAACAAGGGAAAGAGGUGGCUAAAGAAGAAGUGGAAGAAGCACCACAAUCAACAGUUUUGGAUGAGGUUAAAGAAGAUCUUAAAGCUGAAGAGAAUUUUGAAAGUAAAAAGUGUAAACUUGCAGAGUUGGGAAAUGCCUUAAUAACAGACCCAGAGUCCAAUAUUAAAUUUCUGAAAGAUAUGGUACAGCUAUCUAAAGAUAAGGAUCUCACCAUUGUUAAACUUGGACUUCUAUCCCUCUUGGCUGUUUUCAGAGAUAUUAUACCUGGCUAUCGAAUCAGGCUUCCUACUGAAAAGGAACAAGAAAUGAAGGUUUCAAAGACUGUUAGAAAGAUGCGUUUUUAUGAAUCAACUCUUCUCUCUGCAUACAAGGCUUACUUGCAAAGGCUGAUAGCCUUAGAAAAGCUGCCUUCAUUUCAGCUUGUUGCAGUUCAAUGUAUUUGUUCUUUGCUUGAUAAAAAUCCCCAUUUCAACUUUCGUGAAACCUUGUUGGACGUGACUGUCAGGAACAUAAGCUCCAGUAAUGAGGCUAUAAGGAAAUUUUGCUGUUCCACAAUUAAGUCACUCUUUACAAAUGAGGGUAAACAUGGUGGUGAAGCUACUGUGGAGGCUGUCCGGCUGAUUUCUUAUCAAGUUAAAGAUCAUAAUUGCCAGUUGCACCCUGAUUCCAUUGAGGUUUUCUUGUCUCUUUCAUUUGAUGAGGAUCUUGCGAGGUCUGAACAGAUGGAAAAGGAUAAAAAAUUUAAAGACAAGAAAUUUGGUAAGAAAAGAAAAAAUACGGAGGCAUCAAAUCAGUUGCCUGAAAAUGACAGAAAGAAAAGCAGGCAAGAGUCGAUUUCAAAGACAAGAGAAGAGGUUGAAGCUGAUUACAAGGCUGCUUCCUUUAGCCUGGAUGUUAUGGAGAAGAGACAGAUGCAAACGAAAACACUCUCUGCUAUGUUUGAGAUAUACUUUCGCAUUUUGAAGCAUACGAUGCAGUCCAUAGUUGUCAGGCCUGAAACAAACCCUGGGGCACUUUCUGCUGCAGUUGGAAUGGAACCCCACCCAUUGCUUGAUCCAUGUCUGAAGGGACUGGCAAAGUUCUCGCACCUGAUUGACCUUGAUUUCCUGGGUGAUCUAAUGAACCAUUUGAAAAUACUUGCUGCUGGAGGUAGCAACUUAAGCAACACAUUGGAGAAGUUACCUAAAUGUCUGACCGUAUCUGAACGCCUCCAAUGUUGCAUCGUUGCUUUUAAAGUGAUGAGAACCAAUCUCGAUGCCUUGAAUGUUGAUCUACAGGACUUCACUGUCCAUCUUUACAAUCUCGUACUUGAAUACAGGCCUGGGAGAGAUCAAGGAGAGGUGCUGGCAGAAGCUUUGAAGAUAAUGUUGUGUGACGAUAGGCAGCAUGACAUGCAAAAGGCCGCUGCGUUUAUAAAACGUUUGGCUACAUUGUCACUGUCUGUUGGAUCUGCAGAUUCCAUGGCUGCCUUGGUCACAGUAAAGCAUCUCCUUCUCAAGAAUGUCAAGUGCAGAAAUCUGUUGGAAAAUGACACCGGAGGGGGCUCUGUUUCUGGCACAAUUCCUAAAUAUCUACCAUAUUCAACUGAUCCUAAUUUAAGCGGUGCCCUUGCUUCGGUACUUUGGGAACUCAGUCUUUUGUCCAAACACUAUCAUCCAGCUAUAUCAACGAUGGCGACAGGCCUUUCAAGCAUGAGCACUGAACAAAACCAAGUCUUCCUCUCCAAAUCCUCUCCUUUGCUAGCUUUCAAGGACAUGUCUAUUGACCAGGAACUAAGUUUUGAACAAAGUGGCAGUAUCAAAUUAAACAACAAGAGGAAACGAUCACAUGGCAAUGCUACAUCAGAUUCCAUUGGUUCCACUACAGUAACGAGUUCAUUCAACGAGGAUGAUUUGAGAAAGAAAUUUAGUUCUCAUUUUAUGGUUCUUCAUGAUAUCAAGGAGAACGAAAGGUUAAGAAGUAAGUUGGAUAAGACCGCAAAAUCACUUCAGCUGUAUGAACAAUAUAAGAUUCAAAAGAAGAAACGGUCAAAACCAAGUAAAUGAUAGACCAUUGUUUGGUGAUGUAGGCUUAUAAUUGCUAAGAAUUGUCAUUAUUUGUUCUAAUUGUUGCUUAUCUAUAUUUCCAGUAGUUAUUGUAUCAGUUCCAUUUCAAGUGGAGAUACUUCUCAACCAGUCAUGUAUGCCAUCAUUUUAGUGCAGGAAAACAAUGGAUACAAUUUUUGUAUAAUUUUUGACAGAUAAAACCCAAUUUCAAUUAAAAUACGAGAUAAUGCAAAAAGAAUGAGGAUAUCCUUCUUGUGA